CUGGGAGUUACUGGUGUGGGGUCAAGAGGACGAGCAGGGACCUGAUGGAACCAGUGACUGAGGGUGGUCCCAGGCAGCUGGGCGGUGAUGGGCCCUGCGCAGAUGACGGCUGAGCAGGGUGGCUCGCUGACAGUGUCCUGCAGCUACGAACUGGGCUACGAGCUCUACUCCAAGUACUGGUGCCGGCAGGCCUUCCCCUGGUUUUGCUUCACCUACAUCGCCCAAACCAACGGCUCGGAGGUGAUGGUGACACAGGGCAGGGUGUCCAUCAGGGACAACCACUCGGCACACUCAUUCACGGUGACACUGGGCAGUGUCAAGCUGGGGGAUGCUGGCUGGUACUUCUGCGGGGUGAGGAAGAGCCUGUGGUUCAGCCAGCAGCACACCACCAAACUGAUGGUCUCCACAGCUGUUUCAACCACAACCGAGGGCAGCGACGUGAGCCCGUUGACCACCAACCGCCUGUGCCCCACGGGCUGUGGGGACCCUCCAGUGCUGUCCCAGCUCAGCAUCACCUACCUGCUGCUCUUCCUCAGCGUGAAGGUGCCUGUGGCGCUGGCCCUGGCAUGCGGGGCCGCCUGGGUGAGGAGCCGGCGCAGGAGCCGUGACCGGGAAAACCUGCGGCUCUCUGAGGCAGCUGGCAGCACCAGGGCACCGGGCUGCCCACCCGCCUCGACCACCUUGGGACCGAAGGGAUGCCCUCCUCCCCCCUUGCCCCCCGCCCUGCCAGGGCUGCGCCACCCGUCACGGCCACCCCACGCCAGGAGGUGCUCGGAUUUGGGUGCUUCUCUCCCUGUGAAUCUUCGGUCCCACCUGGCAGCCCCUGCGCUGGAGAGAGGAGGGUUUGGGGCACAGACAGCCCGCCCCUGCUGAGCUGGAGCUGCCAACUGAAGACA